UCUGCGAUUCUCGAAGGAAUUUGUGUUUGUGAUUUUUUGUUGUUUGCUAAUUUAAAAAAGGCUGUUGAUAACAGAUAAGUAGCUGAAUAAUCGACGUCACUAUUUAUAUAAGCUAUUUAACUUACAUGAGCGUAUAAUUUUUUUUUUAUAUGUGUGAAUUAUAAUGUGAAUACGAGAGAUCCAAUUUAUUUGGUGUGAUUUAAUGGGCGAUCGGCAGCGUUUACGCACUGAAGAGAUGGCUACGACGAGCACAGCGGUGACUGUUCCACCUCAAAUACAAGAGGCAAUCGAAUUGCCUCUUUCACUGUCGCAUAUCGUAAAAUUCGUCAUGGGGAUCGUCGAUCGUGUUACAAUACGUCUUCUAAAGGCUCCAAUAAACGUGUUUUUAUCACCGAAAUCCGUUUUAAGCGUUCAAAGUUCGCGAUAUUCGACAAAAAGUGAUGGUUUGCUUAGCGAUAUAAAUGUGUUGGAUAUUACGCGGGUGAUUGCUGGUCCCGUGUGUACUAUGACCUUGGGGGAUUUAGGGGCGAAUGUCAUAAAAGUUGAGAGCCACGGUGGGGAUGAUACAAGGAGGUGGGGGCCUCCGUUCUUCAAGGACUCCAAAGAGGCUUAUUAUAAUUUAUGUGUGAACAGGAGUAAAAAGAGUAUCUGUAUUGAUUUUAAAAGUAUAGAAGGGAAGAAUAUAAUUUAUGACUUGGCAAGGAAGUGUGAUGUGGUAGUGGAGAACUAUUUGCCGGGGAAGUUGGAUCAGCUGGACGUGGGCUACAACAAGCUGAAGCAGAUCAACAAAAGAAUCAUAUACUGUGCCAUCACUGGUUUUGGACCCAUAGGGCCUUAUCGCAAAAAACCAGGAUAUGAUGUCAUCGCUGCAGCUAUGGGUGGCUUGCUAAAUUCAACUGGCGAGAGAAAUGGAGACCCAGUUAAACCUGCAGUAGCUGUCACUGAUAUCACUACCGGCCUACAUGCCUUCGGCGCAAUUAUGACCGCAUUGUACUACAGAACUAAAACUGGAAAAGGACAAAAAAUAGACUGUAACCUGCUCUCCACCCAAAUAUCCAGUAUGACCAAUAUUGCAAAUAAUUACUUAAACUGUGGCAUUGAAGGAGAGAAAUGGGGCAUGGCACACUCUAACAUAGUCCCAUACCAAGGGUUUAAAACUAAAGAUGGACACAUAGUACUCGGAACAGGCUCUGAAGCACAGUUUGCUGAUUUCUGCAAACUUAUAAACAAAGAGGAACUAAUAACAGACGAAAGGUUCAAAGAUAACGAAGCCAGAAUUAAAAACCGUGAAGAAAUCACUAGAAUUUUAAGUGAAGUUAUUAUAACGAAGACAAGGAAAGAAUGGAUGGAAAUAUUCAAAGAUGCAACCUUUCCUAACGGGCCUGUUAAUAGUAUGAAAGAGGUUUUCGAGGAUGAACAUGUUAAGGAGAUAGGUUUGGUUAAGGAGUUACCACAUCCUCUUAUAGGUACAGUGAAGGUUGUUGCUCCUCCUACGGUGUACUCUGAGGGAGGGAACAAGGCAAGAAUGGCUCCACCUUUAUUGGGGCAGCAUACGAAGGACAUUUUGUCCAAUUUCUUAGGUUACCAUGAUGCUAAAAUUGACGGCCUUUUUAAAAAUAAGGUGUCGGUGGAGCGAGUGGCUGUGAUAACGCUGCGGCCGACGCGCGCGUCGUCGCGCAAGAAGGUGGUGUGGACCGAGGACACCGUCGACAACGAGAACAUGAACAAGAAGAAGUCCAAGUGUUGUUGUAUAUAUGAGAAGCCUCGUCGCUUCGACGAAUCCGAUUCGGAGACGAGCGACGACGAAUGUGAGCACUGCUUUGGCCACGUGGAGCAUCGACGCAAGAAGCAACAGACACAAACCACCAUCACCACCACUGAAACGCAGGAGGCGGCGGAGCAGACCGCAUCGAUAACGCUGCAGCCGGCCGAGCCCGCGCCCAGCCCGCCCGACAAGUCGCCCGCCGAGCCCGCGCCCAGCCCGCCCGACAAGCCGCCCGCCGACACCGACAGCUAAACACGCAUACUGUAUUCUAUAUAGAUGCAGGCGUUACUUUACGGAAGUCCAUGAUAUACAAAGGAUCAAAAGCUUUAUUUACUACCAGAGGAUGCCCGCCACUUCGUCCGCGUGUAUUUUGGCUUUAAAAAUCCCGUGGAAACUCUUUGAUUUUCCGGAAUGAAUAGUAGCCUAUGUCCGUCCCCGGGAUAUACGCUAACUCUGUACCAAAUUUCGUCAGAAUCUGUUAUUGUUGGGUCAAUUUGUCGAAAAGAUAGCAGACAGACAGACACACUUUCGCAUUUAUAAUAUAGGUAUGGAUAAUCCGCUAAAAAGGCAAAUGCACAACAUGCAGCAUGCGAUAUGCACCACCCGCCUUCCCAGGAGUUUGCAAUUGAAAGGACUACAUCUCCUGAGGAUGCUCCGUGUUCUGGUGGAUUUGUGUGGUGUUGCGUGGUGGCUUUGGGCUUGCUUGUUUGCUGGCUUUUCCUGCAUGCUUAGCAGUGGGAGGGCGGGUGGUGCAUGUCGCGUGCUGACUGUUGUACCGUACAGAUUUUCCUUUUUCUGCGGAUUAUAGCAAAUUAAGCUUUUGAUUCUUUGUAUAAACGCGCAUAAUACAUUUACCUACAACUUAUUACUUAAUGUAAAGUACAAUAAUCUUACCACUGACCAAACUUUGCAUCCAUUCUGAACUCUGCCACUCAAACAUAAAAUAAUUAUCACGUUAUCCAUCCAAAUCUAUCCUAGAUAAAAGCUGACUGACUGACUGACUGAUCUAUCAACGCAUAGCUCAAGCUCACCUACUGGACGGAUCGGGCUGAGUCAUGCAUAAGAACGUAGACAUCAGCUAAGAAUAGAAUAGAAUAAGAUUUAUUUGCUGAUCCAACACAUAUUACAAUAAACAUUUACUAAAAUUUUCCCGAAUUCAGCUAAAUGGUGUGGAUACCCAAUGUAACCACACUGAAAGGAUUUUUAAAAAUUCAACCCCUAAGGAGA